GUAUGUACCUGCAGCGUAAAGUUGUAUUGUGCGAGUAACCCAAUUAGCGGCGUUCAUUCUGCGCGACCAAGUCGCGUGAAUAAACGCGAGAAGAAAGGAGCGCGUUAUUUGAACAUCGUGAUGUACAUGUAACCAGGAGAACAAUGUGCCGCAAGUGCACAUUGAAAGAGUUUCUUCGUGUCUAUGAGUAGAGAUCUACAACAGAAGAAGGAGAAGCAACGGGCAGAGAAACGUUUCUAACGUAAUAGCGGCUUUGGAGAACACUCUUUACAUUUUGUAUAAGAGAGCAUUGCUGUUCGUUAGUAUUCUCAGUCAAGUUUAGAUCGUUGAAUGUUACAGAAACCUAACUAGAAAACUAUCUCAUUUCGAUUAAAGUAUCUAGUGUAAGAUGUAUGGCCGCGUUAUCGAUAAUGUCAUUACGUUUUAUAAUAAUAGUGAAUCCGGUUAUUUGCCGUUCUAACCGAUCGAAUCUUUAUUUGAUUAAUCUUUCGACUAAGAAUAUAAGCAAAUUAUAAUCAUUCGUUAGACCGAUGCUAAAAUGUUUAGACCGAGUUACAUAUCUUUGCCACUCGUGUUCCAAAUUUUCAGUAUUCUUCAACAAUGUUCACAUACUCUGUGUCUUACAAUUGAUAAUCGUUUAACACCUACCGGGAAUGGUAAUUCGUAUAGUAAAACGUAUUCGUAGAAAAUGUGUUUCUGUUAUAAAUAUUGUAACGAUAAAAAUAGAUCUUUUGAUUUAGAUUGUUUUACAAGGAUAUCCAUUGGUUCUAAGUUACCCGAAAUGGACAUCGCGUCACGAACUAAUGCCAUGAGUUUAACGGAAUGUGAAAAUAAUUGUUUAGGAAAGAAGCAUGAUUGCAAUGCGUUUUCAUUUGGGUACGGGAUAUUGUCGAUAUCGCGAAAAAAUUGUUUAAAUCAACGUAACAUUUUAUCGAGCCACCGUGGCAUUUUACCAAUCGAUACAACGUUCCCUUUCUUUCACUUUCUUUUUCUUUCUAGCGUUGGUGUAAAGGGUAACAGUACCUGUCUAAUUAGUCGACAGAUACCGGCAUUAGAAAAUUUAGAAACCGAUCAGGAGUACGAUGUUUACGCGAAAAAACGACGAGACUCGAUAUGGUGCGAUUUUGACCGUUUCUAUAAAAGUUUCGUACGCGAAGAUGAAAAUCGUUCAACGAAAGCAAAUAAGCUUAUUAGUAAAGGAUCCAUUAUAAAUAAUGAUAAUCCCUUCUCAAAAUUAAUACCAGAACCAAUUUCGGUAUUGGCACCACAUAAUACGUUAACAUCUUCAAGAAACAAAAAUGGCAUGACGAAUCAUGGACGUAUUGGUAACUAUGGUUUGCUUAUUAAUCACGAUCAACGAUUUCUUUCCGAGGACAAUAAUCGUAGUGUUCUGGAUAUUAUCGGAAACAAAAAUAAAGAAACAUCGCCCACACCUUUCGUUAUAAUUUGUCAUCGAAAGCUGCUACCUGGCAAGAAAAUGAUGGGAUUAUUCAUCGAGCGUAUCGUCAAUUGUGAAAAUCUACAGGAUUGUUGUCGAGCAUGUGAUUACGAAAAGACUUUUGUGUGUAAAGGUUUUAAUCAUAGACGUAGAACCGAUGAUUCAAAGUGCACAUGCGAAUUGACAUCAACACCAUAUUUUCGCAUGGAUACCAAUGAAGAUUUCUCAAUUGAUUCUUAUUACGAUUAUUACGAGAAGGUUGACAAUUGCCCUUCCUCAGCAUGGCAUGAUAACGGUAUACCACGUUGGAAAAGCUAUGUAAAAAGUUCUCGAGAAAAUAGUCAAAACACAUGGUUGGACCGUGAAAAUGCGAAUAAAGAUUUCGUGCACACAGAUCAUUCGAUCUAUAAAGAGAAUUAUCCGCUAUAUCGCGAAUCAGCUUAUGAUUUUUCAAAUGGCCUCGCACGAUCUGGCAAACCAUUUCAUUACGAACAGCCUCAUGGUUUUACGUCUCGUUAUCAUGAUUUGAAUUGGAAUCGCAACUGGAAAGAAUCUGAGUCUCGCAAUCCCGAUAUCAUUAACGACAAUACCUUUGUCAACUCUCGCGUUGAUUACGAUAAAGGAUAUUUUGACGCAAAAUCGCCACGUUUUCCCAAUUCACGAUUAGACUAUCCUCUGACACAGGAAUAUUCCAUUCCUAACGAGAACGAGCAAUUUUAUGGGAAAUUGUACAAUUACGGCAGUGCAUUCGGCUAUAAUGAUAAUUACGUGUCCGUUCCAAAAGAACCAUAUUAUGAAAAACACGAGACAUCACAAAUGACACGAAAAUGUUCAGUGAAAGCUGCCUCGGGUUCAAAAUUAAGCAGAAGCGUCUUACGAAAGACUUGCGCGGCACACGAUUUUGAACAAUGCGAAGAGUUUUGUACCAAUGAAACAAGUUUCUCUUGCGAAAGCUUUGCUUAUAGAUGCAACGUGGCAACCACGAAUCCUACUGAUAACUGUUUACUAAGCGAUCGUUCCUAUCAGGAUCUAAAUUUUUACACGGAUCUUGAACCAAAUCGCGAUUACGAUACCUACGUAUUAACGUCAGAUGCUAAGAACUGCUACUUAAAAAAGUCAACAAAUCGAUAUCCUUUGGAAGAAUGUUUCUCGAGGAUCAGAAGUGGAUUUACCAUGCCGAUGGAUGUCACGAAGAAAUCAAUAUUUGUUAAUGAUUUUGGAGAAUGUCAAUUUGCGUGCACCACGUCGCAAGAAUUUGUUUGUAGAAGCUUCGUUUUCAAAUAUGCGAUGGACAAUCACAAAGUGUACAGUCAUGAACGCGUAUCACCUAACUGUUUCUUAAGCGAUUGGCCGGCAGAAGAAAUAAAUCCUAUCGAUAUGCCAGAUAUGGAUGGUGCUGAGUUGUAUGAAAGAAAUACAUUAUCUUAUGGUUGCGAAAUGCAUCCUUCGUCCCUAUCAAAUUCGAAUGCAAUUACUCCGUACGACAAGGGAUCGUCUCAAUCGCACAUGGACGAACUUUGUUAUUCUGAAUAUCAUAGACCAUGCAAAUUAAUGUCUCACGCAGUGAUUUCCUCGAUGCGAGCUGUUACAAAACAGGAUUGCCGCCGAAGGUGUUCGACGAUGAGAAACGCCGGUGUGGUACCUUGUAUGUCGUUUAAUUACAUCAUUACUAUCGAUAAUACACGGAGUAACUGUUUUUUAAGCGACAUAUCAAUACGAGAUCUAAGGCCAAAUCUGGACUAUGUUCACGAUAAUGAUCACACAUUAUAUACAUGGAAAGAUUUUGAUCCAUAUUGUGGUUUAAUCGCGAAUGCUUUCAAUACGACAAAUGCACCAACAUUUGAAAAUCACGAUCAAUCACAUCCUCCUGAGUUCGGUUAUCCGAAUGCUCAAAGAACACCCGAGAGCGAAAUACAUCACCCUCAUGAGCCAGCUUCCUAUCAUCCCACUCGAUGGAGAAAUAAAUUUCGACCUGAUGAACACGAUUACAAACAUAAGUUAGCUAGUGGAGACAACGCAUCCCCUCUUGAACCUGGUACUUUCGAAUAUGGACAUAACUUUUUCCAUUCAACAAACCAGCUUCCUCCAUCUCGACGUUAUACGGUAAACGGUUCUCCUUGCAAAAACGGCACCGUCUGUCAACGAAAUGAGAUCACUGGAUUCUGGUCUUGUGAAAUUGAAAAUGAAUAUGGUAAUUGGGAUUACUGCUGCGAACCUAGUCAUCAAUGUGGAUUUUCACAAGGAUAUCAUCAUCCUUGGUGUUAUGUGGGUCCCAACGAAGAUCAAUGGAGACCUUGUAGCGAAACAUAUUAUCCAUAUCAUUUUACAAUGGAUCAUACAAGUUAUCGCCAAUCACCAUUAUAUACCGCUCGUCAUUGGCCAGUAAUUUACUUCCAUGAAACAUCGCCACCAAACUGUUCUACCAAUAAUCCUAACGUUAAGGAGUCAUGGAAACUACAGUCAGUUAUAAAAAUUAAAAUGGAAUUUUCUGCCAGAAAAAAUAAAAGUAAAGUAUAUUGCUGUGUGUACGGUUGUAACAGUCGUGCAUGUAAACAUGACACUGUCCGUUUUUAUCAUUUUCCCCGUGAAAAUGAAAACUUAGUUAAAUUAAAAAACAAAUUAAAUAAAGAGGAAAUUAUUGACCGCUUCAGUGCAUGGGUGAAAGUUUUAAAAAUGGGCAAGAGUGUAUCAUCGUCUAUGAGAGUAUGCUCAUUACACUUUACAAAGGAAGAUUUUAUCCCAUCAAAUAGUCGCAUACGUCGUUUAAAAAACACAGCAAUCCCAUCAGUCAACCUCCCGAGUUCUUCAAUUAAUACACAGUUUAGCAGUUCUGCACAUUGUCAAAAAAUUGUUCAUACCACAAAAAUGCCGAAAACACGACUGAUUACGCGUUCAAUAACGAACAGUCGACCACCUCACAUGACUUUAAAUUUGGAGUGUUCAGAAGAGCCUCUCAGCGAAGCACAGUUAGUGUUACGAUUAGAACUCAAAGAAAAUUAUGACAGAGUUGCUGCCACUUUGGAGGAAUUGGUUAAAGAUCAUGGAGGUAAAUUGGUAUGCCAAGCAGGCAAUGUCAACGGUUAUCAGUAUACAUUGCCUUCAAAUCCUGCUCAAGCGACGGUUAAAAAUAAUUCACAACCUAUUGUCAAUGUAAAUCAAAAUAAAAACCAAUCUAUUAAAUUGAAUGUAUUAAAUAAUGCAAAUGGAUCUCAGGGUAACAUACAAUUGGUUGUGGAUUCACGAAUGGGAGUUAUUCUUGGAUCCGUUGCUCAGCCUCAAGGAACUUCUAUGACCAAUGUUUCAUCAGGUUCAGUCUCUACUUCAACAUUAACACCAAAUUCAACAUCCACAUCUACAGCUACAACUAUAUCUACCAUUUCACAUUCUCAAACAGAAAAUUAUAAGUAUACUCGUUCCGGACGCAGAACGAAAGUGCUCGAAGUACAGCAAUCUGAUAUAAUAGAGGAACCCACACUAGUACCUCGUGGAAAACAGAAAUUAGGAUGCUCGACGCAUGUUGUUACACCAACUACAACCAGCCCGCAAGGUGUUACUAAUCUCAGAAUAAAAACUGUAAGUAAACAACAGGUUACACCGACAGUGUCAUCAACAUCAGCUACGAUAAAUACGACUACAGGAACGGUAUCACCAACGAUAACGGUGUCGGCAACAACAACAAAACUGGCUAUUGCAAAACCAACUGAGCAUACGAGUAUUGGUGGAAUAUCAGUUGGAAAAAGUGCAGCUUGCGACCAAAUUGACGAAUCGAAGAAGAAUCUUCCAGAUGGAAAGGAAGUAACUUUUAACAAAAUAAACGGAGGCAGAACAUUUCCUUCGUUGGUCAUCGUAGCUAGACCGAAUCUUCGUACAAAGGAUAUCGCGCCAAUAGUAGCUCAGAAAGAAAGAUCGGAGUUAGAUUUGAAAGUCAAGAGCGUACUCAUGUACUCGGCUACAAAAUUUGCUGAAUGGUUGAUACAGCAAGGGUUGGUAAAGUCUGAACAAUUUUGUACGCAACAUAAUAAUAAUAAUUAUCAGAGGAAAUUGAAAUUAGGAAUGUAUAGUGAUCCCGGUACAUUUCCAUAUUCGGGAGGAUACGUUUGGAUUUCAGAAUGUUGUCCAGAUCGUUUUGUUUCCCUCUUUUCCGGUUCAAUUUUUCAGAGUGCUACAUAUACACCUACCAUUCUUUUAAAAUUAAUUUAUCAUUGGGCAUGCCAAACAAAUGUUCAAAAUGUUACUUCCUGGGUAAAGGUAUCAAAUGUAUAUGUGAAAAAUUUUUAUACACAUUUACGUAGUGUUUGUACUGCCGCAAUUUGCGAUAAAUUUCGUAAAAUGGGAGGUAAAAAUUCCGUGAUACAAGUUGGUGUAAUUAGCUUAGGUACAACAUCGCAGGACGGAAAUUUACGACAAGUUAAAGUCGAAGUACUUGGUGUAUUGCAUUAUGCCACACUUGAUUUAAGAUUAAGAGCGUGUGAUCCGGUGCAAGAUGGUGAUAGGUCAUAUAAACGACGGUUCAAUAAUAUUUUACACCCACUGAAGGAGUGGGUACACCCGGAUACGAAAAUUAUGACCGACUUCACCGUUGAUAAAAGCACUCUUGAAGAAAUGGGUUUUAAUCAUGUUACACAGUCAGCAUUUUCUGAUCAGGGUCCUCGAAAUUUUAUGAGCAAUUAUCACAUUAUGGAAUAUUUAAGAAAAAUUGUCCCGAGAAUGUUUCAAAAUACUCUUAGUUUGCUUAGUAGACAAAUGAUACAACAAUUUUUGGACGAAUUAGUAUGGAGAGAAAUGUACGGAACGACUGCUGCCCGAGCAUUUGACAACAUUAUCGAACAUAUCGCAGAGCAAACUGGAAUCGAGUCAAACGAAUGUCUCAUAGAUCGUUUGAAUAAGAUAGGUGCUAAUCCGUUUCAUAACUGGUCUUACUCAAAUACGAAUUCACCACCAUUGACACCACUUAUGACGAUAAAUAAAGAAGAAUUUUUUUCGGGCUGCGAAGUUUUGAUCCCAAGUAGUAGCAACAUGAAACAACAAGAAACAUUGCCUUCCGUUCAAACAACGAAACCUGGUCCGAAGAGGGGACGAAAGAGAAAUCCAACAACAGCCAUUAGCCCAGAGCCAGAGGUGAAAAAAGCCAUCUACGAUUCAAAAGGCAUCAGAGAAAUAGAUAAGGAAUGUAAAAACGAUCAGAUACAGUUGCAAGAAUUUUACUACGCUACUAUGGAAGGUGAUAAAGCUCUUCUUUUAAAGGAACAUAAAAGUUCCCUAUAUUUUAAAUGCUUUCUUUGCGCUGCAAUAUUGCGUUCAAAUACAGAUGUAAUGGAACACACUAUUGGCCAUGUGCCACCACAAGUACCCGGACAAUCAAAUUCUCCUGUAUGCCGGUAUUGUUGCACUGCAUUUUCAUCUCAACAUCAGAUGAUUACACACAUUACGGAAUCACACAGCACUUUUGGUCAUUCUGACAGUGACAUGGUUGUUUGCGCCAUUUGUGAACAAAAAUUCGGGAACACUGGUCUUCUAAUUAACCACUUAUCGUCGAUGCAUUGUCCUUCGGAGAUGCCUUACCGAUGCGAAAUUUGCGGUUAUCGUACUUCCAGUCAUAAAGACGCUAUUGAUCAUUUCUAUCGUGGUCAUGAAAAGGGCGAAGGGUUACAGUGUCCUUAUUGUUUGAAAGUAAUAGAUUUUGCAAAAGAAGGCAACCCCAAUGUUACCAGCGUUCACGCAUUCUUAUUACAUAUGCAAAGACAUGUUAUCAGAAGGGAACAAGGACGUGGAAAUAAAUGUUCCAAAUGUUGUCUUUGGUUUAAUCAGAAAAGUUCAUUAAAAAGACAUCAAAAGGAAUUGCAUGACUCUGUGUCUAGUACAAAGGUUGUUCCGUAUUCACUUAGUAAUAACGGAAUAAUGAUUUCAAAACAACGAUUUCAAAAUAGACGAUUUGAAAUCGAUAGUCCAGUUACGGAAUUACCACACGAUGAAAGAGUUAAAAAAUGGAUCACUGGUCCAAUUACGGUGAACGUUCCAAUUGAACAUCUAUCCUGUAAAGAAUGCGAAGAGGAUAUAGAUGAACAAGAUCAUUAUCCAGGUGAACAAAUAUGUCAAUUGUGUCGCUACGUAACUUGUUGUUGGCGUGCGUUUAAGGAACAUCAACAACAAAUUCAUAACGAACGACCGAUGACCAGUUUGGUAGUUCCUUCUCCUCUUAUUAAUAUUCCAUUAAAUAAAAAGAUGCGAUGUUCAUGCGGUUAUGCAACAACCGAUGGAAAUCAAUUAGCCACACAUUUGAUUAAAUGUAACAAAGUGUCUGGUUACCCGGUUGAGGAUACAGCACCAUCCGGUAUGUUAAACAGUUUAGGUUUGGUACCAAAAAAUAACUCAGAUGAAAUAGAUAUUGACAUUAAAAGGACUAAUUUACUAUAAAAUAAAAUGAAGUGAAGUACAAGUUUUUGAAUUAAUUAGGUGUCGUAGAUGAUAAGUUGUAUAACUGUUUAGAGAAUUAUCCAAUAUUUCAAAUCGUUCUAAGUUACAUCUGUGUAAUUAGUGCAAGAUAACAAGUUACUUGAAUAAGAAUGUUUUAAAAAAACAUCUUAUAAAUCGGGUCGAUAUUAUAUCAUGUAUUGAUACAUUCGUUUUCACUUUUAUUGCUUACUUUCGUACUCUGUUAUUUCAAUUAAAGAAACCAUAAAAUAACCAUGAAUAGAAAUUUCAUUCAUCAUAUUGUUACUAAAAAUCUUCAAUGAACAUAAUUUAAAUCACCAACACUUCAUAUACGCCAUGCAAUCUGUAUUGUUUGGAAACAUUGCUAAUAUUACUACAAUAAUAAUAGAAUAAAACAAUCAUUGAAUUAUGUUAUAUCAAUAUUAUUAAUACGAUUAUAUUGCUGAGUUGUACCUUUAUAUGAAGUAAUAAAUUAUUAUUACACGAGAAGAUACUACAAGUUUAAAA